AUGCCACCGCGAAAGUCCACGUCUUCCGUGACGCCCGCAGACCCGGACGAAUCGCUCCAACUGUCGCCGCAGGCUCAGACACAAUUCGACAAGCCCAUCACUGCGACAGAGCAGCAGCUGAAGGCGCGGGCCGAGGCGGGCGUCAGCGUAGAGGACUACCUGCUCCCCCGCUCUUUAACGCUUAGACUCGCCAAAGCCGUUCUUCCUCCCAACACUACAAUCCAGAAGGAUGCUCUGCUGGCUAUCCAAAAGGCAGCGACUGUCUUCGUCUCAUACCUUUCAUCACAUGCCAACGAAUCAACCCUAAAACGAACCGUCGCACCAGCCGACGUCUUUGCCGCACUCACAGAACUCGAAUUCGACUCCUUCCGCACCCGCAUCGAAGCGGAACUCGAAGCCCACACGGAAAUCAAGGCUGGCAAGCGCAAGUCCAAGAAAUCUGACGUGAAUGGUUCUGCCCCUGCGACUGGUGACGGCGCAGAUGAUUCGGUCGUUCGCGAUGAGGACGAUGACGUCGAGAUGGUGGAUAACCCUGCAAAGCGCGUGAAGAGAGACUCUACUGGUGCGCCUGCGGAUGAGGGCGAGGCUGAUGGGGAUGAGACGCAGGAGGAGGAAGUUGAGGAUGAAGCGGAGGAGGAAGAGGAAGAGGAGGAGGAAGAAGAGGAACCCGAGGCGGAUGAGCGGGAAAAGGACGAGGAUAUUGAUCGCGUUGAGGACCUGGAUGAGUCGCGUCGGCCUAUGGAUCCUGAUGCUGAGGACUCGGAGGACGAUGAUGGGCCGGCUAGUCAGUUGCGGGACAAUAUGGGAUUGGGCUAG